ACCCGCUGAGACACGUCUGUGCAGGUCUCAAUUAUUCAGUAGAAAAUAAUUAGCUUGAAAAAUUAAACGGGAAAUGUAAUUUUUAAGCUAAUAUUACACUAGUGUAAACAUAAAAAGACUACGAUACCCAAGAUUCCUUUCGGACAACGAGCCUUCAGGUCUAAACCAAAAACAGAAGUGUUACCAUAAAAUAUUUGUUUAUCUAUUGUCAAUAAUAGCUCGGAUUUUUUUUUUUCGUAUAUAUUUUAAAAUGGAUUUAUAAUUGUAACUUAUUAAGCCUACAAUAUUAACAUGGGUAUUCAAGAAAAUAAUGUUAAACAUCAGUUUACCUAAAGAUGGACCCCUUGGUAAUUCGAUUGAGCUGAACACUUCUGACUCCAAGGUAACAUGAUGUAAACAAAUCUGAAGUGAACAGAAACAUCACUCACUGGCGAGGUUGGAGACACCUCAACUUUGAACCAUGCCUUCCGAAAUGAAGACAGAUAUGGAGAGGAUUGGCCUCUUCAGCGAGCCAACCUAUAUCACUAUUGGAGACAAAUACAUGUCUCCUUACAACAGACCUUUCAAUGCUGCAGCAUCCAAAAACAAGCAAAUGUUGCCUGGAGGCUUGAAGGUGAGGUCAGCCCUUCAAGAGGGUUACUUUGAUUCUCAGUUUAAGAGAGUCUUUGAAAAAGAAGCCUAUUCUGACCCAGUCAAACUAAGGAGACAAUUCAAGAUGCAGCAGUCAAAGAAGAAUAUAGGAAAACCCUUUCUUCCCAGCAAUGGGGAAAAAAAGCCGUCAGGAACCGGCAGCUACUAUGGGACAUUUAGUACUCCCAUUGAAGCAAUGAGUGCACUACAAGUACCCAAAACACCUUACAAAUCGCCAGGAAAGAAUGUUUUAACAAACCCUCCAAAGCAUGGAACUGGAUACGGAUAUCACAAUUUAACUUUGUCAAAACCGUACCCGUACACUGCAGACCCAUAUGACAGAGAAAAACAAAUGAGAAAGACAGAUAACUCAUCACACAGAAGCUUGCUCAAGGGUGGAGCAUUUUUCUUAAACCUCCAUCCAAAAGAUCUCUUUGAUAGCAAUCCCUACAAAUUUGACAAGCCUUUGCCACCUGUAAAGAAGAGUGGAGGGAAAAAGCCUGCUGUCAUACCAUUUAAACCAAGUUCACCAGCCAAGAAGAUUGGUGGCAUGAAAGCAGGAACGUUUGAAGUGUAUCCUUCCCAUUCAGCAGAUCCCUUUAAAGUGAAAACAACCAAGGCUAUCACUAAAAACAAGGAAGGAAGGGUAUUCCAACCAUCUCCUGGACCAAAGAGCAGGCCUGUAAAAAGUGUUGUUAUUGCCAAUAUCAUGAAGACUGUUACCCCAGCUAACUAUAUGAAUUUACAAAGUGUAAUGGCAUAUUGAUGAGCUGGACCCAGCCACAUGACAGAUCUGAUCACCACAUUUUCUAUGUUCUAGAACAGGCUUCCACUUGUACAUUACUAUUACAGUAACUACUGUAGAUUAAACAGACUCUUGUGGAUACAUCACAAAAAUGUAUGGGUAUUUCUUGACAGCUUGAUAAUAAAAUAAUUUUGCAUAUGUGUUUCAUAUUUAAUACAUUCAGUAAGUGAGAAUGGGAGUUAUUUAUGAAAUUACAAAAUAAAUGUCUCAGUAUUUUUUUUCAUUUAAUUUUAUGUCACAACAUAUUUAGAAUAUACACAUUAAUUUAAAAAUACAUGACUUGCAAAUUGAUAUGUGUUCAUUUUCCAUCUUACUAAAAUGCUUUCAUACACUAGUUAAUAGAAACAUUUCAUAAAGAGCAAUGGACAAUAAUAAUAAUAAUUUCUUUGUGGAGGGUUAUUGUUUAUUAUUUGUUAAAACUUUUUGGGAUCGUAAUUAUAACAAAUUAAAGCCAGUUAUGGCAGCAUUUACCAAAAUAUACAUUAAGUACUGAAUUUGUAUUUAUUUGUAACAGCUAAAUUUCUAAUUUCUGAGACGCACAGUA